UGAAAUAGUUUUCCUUACUCUCUGUUUGUUCUGUGUUUGUUUCCUUCCAACAAACCAGAGCACUAUGAAUGAUUAUCCGUCAACCCAGAUGGAACAGCAUGUAGAUGUGCUGCUGCCAUGUGCUCUGGACUGUUUGAAAUCCUCGACAUGCGGCUGGAUUAUGCUCGAUGGGAACUCCCACCAAUGCUCUACUCAUGACACCAUGGACUACAACCAUAUACGCAAAAAAGAGGUUCAGAAUAAUGAUAGCCUGUCCAUCUACAAAAGGUUGUACACUGACAUGCAUUUUGAGAGAAACAAGAGAAGUUCUACGUAUAAACUGGUAGAUGCAACAGAAAUGGAGUUCAUGACGACGACAACAGCAUCAUGUGACAGUCCUCCCUCGUUGCCUAAUGCUGGUGUUGAGUAUGACACUCAUGUUCCGGGGUCAACUGCAAAGUACAUCUGUAACGAUGGCUUUUCGUUCUGCGGAUACAUUCAGAAAGAGGUGACGUGUUUGGGGAAUGGAUCGUGGGAACAACUAAACACUGGAUGUUCUCAAAACAAAUUCUUUGCAGUCCCUGUAGAUCUACCAUGUCCUUUAACCAAUGGAUCCAUCAUUGAAAUCAACGGAUUCCCAAAUGAUAACUCUACGUUUUUUGUCAGAUUCUAUGACGUGUCGGAAAAUAUAGUUUUUUAUAUGAUGGUGCGUUUCAAUGUUAUUGGAAAGAACAGUGUUGUUUUCAACAAUCAUGACAAGAUGGGGAAAUCAGGGUUUGAGGAGUAUGCCGACACGUUUCCUUUCAAACUGUGGAAGCAGUUCAACUUAACAAUCAUCGUGGAAAAGGAACAGUAUGCUUUGCUUGUAGACGAGAAACCUUUCAUGAAAUUCAAUCACCGCAGAGCCCCUGAAACAGUUUCUAAAAUUAACGUUGAACGUGGUGUUCAAGUUAAUUAUGUUAUAUUUUCGUUUCCUAUAUCCAUUCAAAAAGAGGAGACGUUUUUGGGGAAUGUAUCUUGGGAACCACCAAAAACUGGCUGUUCUCAAAACAAAUUCUCUACAAUUCCUGUAAAUUUACCAUGUCCUUUAAACACUGGAUCCAUAAUUGAAAUUAGCGGAUUCCCAAAUGGUGAAUCUGGGUUUGUUGUCAGUUUGUACGACGUGUUAAAAAACACUGUUUUCCAUAUGAUGGCUCGUUUCAAUCUUAAAGACGGGAACCCUGUUGUUUUCAACAAUCGCGUCAACACUGGCAGAUGGGGGUUAGAGGAGUACGCCGACACGUUUCCUUUCAAACUGUGGAAGAAGUUCAACUUGACAAUCGUCGUGCAGAAGAAGCAGUAUGUUGUGCUCGUUGACGAGAAACCUUUUACGACAUUCAAACACCGCAGCCGCCCUCAAACAGUUACCAAAAUUGACGUUUGGCGUGAUGUUAAAUUUAAUUAUGUUGAAAUUUCUUACGUCACUGGGUAG